AUAGUUUGCUGACCAACACAGAGCUCCUAGAAGCAAACAUGGUCAAGAUCUUCUCUGUAGACUGGCUGGCACAGAGCCAUCACAACACCAACCCGAAAAAAGGACCUGUGGAUACUAUGCCAACCUACUUCAGACCUCAUGUUCCUUGCAUGGUCCAGCCUCGACCGCCAACAUCUUAUAACAAGAUAUAUCUCCAACCAAAACCAAAGACCACAAGGAUUGAACUCACGGAUUCCACUGAAGAACCAAAAAAUCUAGAAUCCAGGUUGAGCUCACCUCAGCAUCCGAUAACCUGCUCUUCCCCAAGUCGUAAGUACAAUUUACUAUACGAUACAAUUACUUAAUAUUACGUGUAUAAUGAUGAAGUGUAUUAACUGAUAUGUUAUCACAGUUUCAGAAAACAGCGGGUACACCUCGGGGUAUGACAGUGAGGCUGCCUCCUCGGAAUGUCCCUCGGUGGAAGAGGCGAGCGAGGGAGAGAGAGACGGAGGCCAACGACGUGUGCGUACUAGGUUUACACCGGAGCAGAUAGAAAAGCUGGAAAAGAUUUUCAACAAGCACAAAUAUCCAGAUGCUGGGGAAAGAGUCAAAACUGCACUGAAGUUGAACCUCUCUGAAACUCAGGUAAGAAAGUAAACUAAAUGUAAACUAACAACUGGACACAGACAUCAAUUAUAACGUUUUACAUUUUUUACAUUUUUGUCAUUUGGCUGACGCUCUUAUCCAGAGCAACUUUCAGUUAGUGAGUGCAUAUAUUUUUCAUAAGGUCUAUUCCACGUUGGUUCAAACAACGUGGACUCAACCAGUUUGUGCCCAAUGGGUAUGCACAUUUUUGUCAUUAGGCCUAUACAUUGUGUAUUUGUAUUUGAUUCGAUUACAUAAGUGUUCAUUUGGUUCUGAUCGUUUUCAUGUUAUGUUUCAGGUGAGAACUUGGUUUCAGAACAGGAGGAUGAAACUGAAAAGGGAGCUCCAAGACUUGCGCGCUGAGUACCUCGCUCCCGCUCAGUCUCAGAUGAUGUUCCAGCCCAUGCGACCAUUUCAGUACCCCGGCUUCGGUGGACAGCACCUCUCAUACCCCGCUGCAAACUACGUGAUUUACCCGCCCAUGGUGCAACAGAUCCCCAUGAAACAGAUGGUUUCUCAUCAUCAGCACCCGAUGAUGUCCAACGCACAUUUAUAC